AUGAAUAACUCAGCAAUUUACGAUGCAGCCACGAAAGUGGUUUCGGAAGCAGUGAUUAAAAAUAAACUUAAGGAAUUUGAGAAGGAAAGUGUGGAUGUAAUAAGGGAGGUUGAAAAGGAUAAAUGCGAUAAACAGAUUGAAAUUGAUGACGAUGAUAUGAUCUCUAGCUGGAGGGAGAGGCGUGCAAAGCAAUUGAAGAGAAUAAAGGAUGAAAUGCGAGAAUUUAUGGAAAACGGCCAUGGCCAACUAGAUAGAGUGGGGACUGAGGCAGAUAUUAUCAAACUAUCCACCAAAACUGAGAGGAUUAUUUGUCACCUAACUCAGGAUGAAUUUCGGAUGUGCCAAACAAUCGAAAGUGCUCUAACAAAACUAGCCAAAAAACAUAUCGAAACUAAAUUUGUAAGCAUUGAAGCGACGAAAGCGCCGUUUUUUACAGAAAAACUUGCAAUACGCAUCCUUCCCACCAUCAUAUGCAUUUUAAACGGAAAGGUGGAGGAGAUAAUCAUCGGGUUUGAUAAAAUAGGAGGGAUGAAACUCGAUUUUGACAUGCUAGAAGAGUUGCUGACAUCACAUAAGAUGAUUGUAUCACAUUUAAAUGACUGUUAA